GUUCGUGGUGGGCUCGGCGCGGCGCGCGCGCGAGUGCUACUUCCACUUCACCACCGCCACCGACACGGACAACGUGCGCACCGUGUUCCGCGACGUGCACCAGAUCAUCCUCGCGCACGUCCUCUCCGACAUCGGCCUCUAUUAAACAUCGGUUCGUGGUGGGCUCGGCGCGGCGCGCGCGCGAGUGCUACUUCCACUUCACCACCGCCACCGACACGGACAACGUGCGCACCGUGUUCCGCGACGUGCACCAGAUCAUCCUCGCGCACGUCCUCUCCGACAUCGGCCUCUAUUAAACAUCGGUUCGUGGUGGGCUCGGCGCGGCGCGCGCGCGAGUGCUACUUCCACUUCACCACCGCCACCGACACGGACAACGUGCGCACCGUGUUCCGCGACGUGCACCAGAUCAUCCUCGCGCACGUCCUCUCCGACAUCGGCCUCUAUUAAACGGCUCGCCCGCA